GUUUUGGAUUAAAUCAUAAAGCAUCUUCCACUAUUCUCUGGAUUUUGUGAUGCGAUGCACUUACCAUCUUCCUCUUCCUUGUACUCGUCUCCUACGAAGAGUCUAUUCGCAAUGUUCUUGAAAGCUCGAGCUUUAUCAGUAACUACACAGAAUCCUCCUGAUCUCUUCUCGCUUCUACAUCAUUCUCCAAACGCUAAACAUCUACGCCAUCUCCACGCUCACCUUCUUCGUACAUUUCUCUAUUCCAACGUUGUGCUCAGCUCCAAGCUCGUCCUCGCUUAUUCCAAGCUGAACCAUCUCUUUCCUACUUCGCUUUCUGUCUUCUGGCACAUGCCUUAUCGCAACAUUUUCUCUUGGAAUAUAAUCAUCGGUGAGUUCUCUAGAUCGGGUUUUGCUUCCAAGUCAAUUGAUUUGUUUCUUCGUAUGUGGCGAGAGUCUUGUGUUAGACCGGAUGAUUUUACGCUUCCUCUUAUUCUACGAGCUUGCUCUGCGUCUAGGGAAGCGAAAUCUGGAGAUUUGAUUCAUGUUCUGUGUUUGAAACUUGGGUUUAGCUCAAGUUUGUUUGUUAGUUCGGCUUUAGUGAUAAUGUAUGUAGAUAUGGGGAAACUUUUACAUGCACGUAAGUUGUUCGACGAUAUGCCUGUGAGAGACUCUGUUCUUUAUACAGCUAUGUUUGGUGGGUAUGUUCAGCAAGGAGAAGCUAUGUUGGGUUUAGCCAUGUUCAGAGAAAUGGGGUAUUCUGGAUUUGCGCUGGAUUCAGUGGUGAUGGUGAGUUUACUUAUGGCUUGUGGACAACUUGGAGCGUUGAAGCACGGGAAGAGCGUCCAUGGAUGGUGUAUCAGGAGAUGCUCCUGCUUGGGCUUGAAUCUCGGCAAUGCUAUAACAGAUAUGUAUGUAAAGUGCUCGAUACUGGACUAUGCGCACACUGUAUUUGUAAAUAUGUCGAGACGAGAUGUGAUCUCUUGGAGCUCGCUUAUUUUGGGGUAUGGUUUGGAUGGAGACGUGGUAAUGUCUUUUAAACUCUUUGAUGAGAUGCUUAAGGAAGGAAUUGAACCCAAUGCUGUCACUUUUCUUGGUGUCUUAUCAGCCUGUGCCCAUGGCGGUCUUGUGGAAAAAUCUUGGCUGUAUUUCAGACUAAUGCAGGAAUAUAAUAUAGUUCCUGAACUGAAACACUAUGCUAGUGUGGCGGAUUGUAUGUCUCGAGCAGGUCUUCUGGAGGAAGCAGAGAAGUUUCUGGAAGAUAUGCCCGUGAAACCUGAUGAGGCUGUUAUGGGUGCGGUGUUGAGUGGGUGCAAGGUGUAUGGAAAUGUAGAAGUUGGGGAAAGAGUGGCGAGGGAGCUGAUUCAACUUAAGCCGAGAAAAGCUAGCUACUAUGUAACGUUGGCCGGUCUAUAUUCAGCUGCAGGUCGGUUUGAUGAAGCUGAGAGUCUGAGGCAGUGGAUGAAGGAGAAACAGAUUUCUAAGGUUCCCGGGUGUAGCUCAAUAUGAAAGAUGGGAUGGAGAUUUCAGCGUCUUCUGGUUGUACAUGUGAAAGAUUACCAGAAUGGUAAAGAUCAAAACCGCACCAAAAGCUCUUGAAACUUACAUCUAGAUUUUGGUAAUGAGGCUCAGACCACAGCUAAUUGUGUACAUGGAAAAGUUGUGGUGUCUGGUCCGACUUUGAAAACAGUCUUUAGCUACUACGGCAUGUUUCACCUCGCUGUUAGUGGAAAGCAAGGGACUUUUGAUUGCCUCAGCAAAUAAGACAUUUAAACAUGGCCUGGAGACUACAGUCUCAGCUGUCUGCAGAGGGUCAUCAUCCAAAAGAGUAGCUGGGUGGUCAAAAGGGUUACAAAGUUUCAAUUGUUAUGGAUAAGUUAAAAAUGUCUUGUGCUUAUACACAAACUGAUAUGCUUAAGUAAGCUUUUGAUGUAGAAUAUACUUGGUGUUUAAUAGGAUAAAGAUAAGCUCUUUUCAAAGUUAACUUUUUGUUAUUAGGGUUGUAGAUCAUGGGAUUUGAUAUACCGGAAGGAACAUUUUUUUGAAUUAUUUCAGAAUAAUCUUUUAUUGCG